CGUCGCCUAGCUCUUACGUCAAUUCCGUGCGACGUCGGUGUGUGAGCCAUGUGAGAGAUUAGAUUAGCUUCAACCUCUCACGGUUCCCCCUGGCGAAUAAUAACAGAUCGACGCUUCUUCUGGAUCAUGCCACACGACCCUGAUCCUCCACCGGCUAAGAAAUUUAAGCCGGGCUCCCCGUUUUUCCCAGCAAACAAGAAUCCUGGAAUGCUGCUCCCAAAGAAGGGAAAUGCACCCAGUCCAAUAGACGUGCAAAGAAAACAGCUUCCUAUUUACCAGGCCAAGUCUCAGCUCCUCGAUCAGCUCAGACAGCUGCACAAUGCUGUGUUAAUUGGAGAGACAGGCUCGGGAAAAACAACACAGGUACCACAGUACCUCUUCGAAGCAGGCAUCGGCCGGCAGGGCAUCAUUGCGGUCACUCAGCCUCGGCGUGUGGCUGCUAUCUCGCUGGCGGGACGAGUGGCUGAGGAAAAGCGAACUCAUCUUGGAAAACUGGUGGGCUACACGGUACGAUUCGAGGACGUGACGUCCCUGGAAACCAAGCUGAAGUUUAUGACUGAUGGCAUGCUGCUGAGAGAGGCGAUCGGAGACCCUCUGCUUUUGCGCUACACGGUUGUGAUCCUUGAUGAAGCUCACGAGCGAACCGUCCACACUGAUGUCCUCUUUGGCGUGGUCAAGAUCGCUCAGCGCAAACGCAAAGAGCUGAGUAAGAUCCCUCUGAAGGUCAUCGUGAUGUCCGCCACCAUGGACGUGGAUCUGUUCUCUCAGUAUUUUAAUAAGGCUCCUGUGUUGUACCUGGAGGGUCGCCAGCACCCGAUUCAGAUCUAUUAUACCAAGCAGCCGCAGUCUGAUUACUUACACGCAGCGCUGGUGUCUAUCUUUCAGAUUCAUCAGGAAGCUCCUCUGUCCCAUGACAUCCUGGUGUUCAUGACGGGACAGGAGGAGAUUGAAGCGCUGGCUCGUACGUGUCGAGACAUCGCUAAACACCUGCCUGAAACCUGCGGGCCCAUGAUUGUGAUCCCGCUGUACGCAUCACUUCCUCCUGCCCAGCAACUCAGGGUCUUUCAACCUGCACCUAAGGGUUGCCGAAAGGUCAUCCUGUCAACCAACAUCGCCGAGACAUCCAUAACUAUUUCUGGAAUUAAAUACGUCAUUGAUACAGGAAUGGUGAAGGCGAAGCGGUAUAACCCAGACAGCGGUCUGGAGGUGUUAGCCGUGCAGCGGGUUUCCAAAGCGCAGGCCUGGCAGCGGGCAGGCAGGGCAGGGAGAGAGGACUCCGGCUCCUGUUACCGCCUCUACACUGAAGAUGAGUUUGACAACCUCGUAAACAUGACCGUACCUGAAAUACAACGAUGUAAUCUGGCUGGUGUCAUACUCCAACUGUUGGCUCUGGGUGUUCCUGAUGUCCUCAAAUUUGACUUCAUGUCCAAGCCAUCACCUGAGUCGAUGCGGAUGGCUGUGGAGCAGCUGGAUCUCCUCGGAGCUGUGGAGAGGAAGGAUGAUCAUGUUUUCCUCACUACUCUUGGCAAAAAGAUGGCCUGCUUUCCCCUGGAACCUCGAUUUGCUAAAACCAUCCUGAUUUCUCCAGACUUUUCCUGUACUGAGGAGAUUCUGACCAUCGUGUCUCUGCUCUCCGUGGACUCCGUGCUCUACAACCCUCCUGCCCGUCGAGACGAGGUGCUUGCCGUGCGCAAAAAAUUCAUCUCCAGCGAAGGAGACCACGUGACCCUGCUGAACAUCUACAGAGCCUUCAAGAAAGUUAGUGGAAAUAAGGAGUGGUGUAGGGAGAACUUUGUAAACAGCAGAAACAUGGGACUGGUUGCUGAAGUCCGAGCUCAGCUGAGGGACAUUUGCCUAAAGCUUGGACUGAAGCUAGAAUCCUCGCUGUCUGAACUGGCUAACGUGCGGCGCUGCCUGGCACACGGCAUGUUCGCCAACGCCGCUGAGCUACAGCCAGACGGCACCUAUAUGGCUCUGGACACCCACCAGACUGUCGCCAUCCACCCGUCCUCCGUCCUUUUCCAGGCCAAGCCGGCCUACGUGGUGUUCAACGAGCUCCUGCAUACGUCACGCUGCUACAUGCGGGACCUGUGCCUGGUGGACGCCGACUGGCUACAGGAAACCGCGCCGGAGUAUUUCCGGCGUAAACUCCACACAGUGAAGAGCUAGUACACCUCUGGGGUGCUUUUUCAAGUUUAACAGCAAAUGGCAUGAACAUCCAGACUAUGUUGGAAUCGAUAGCAGCAGUAGGUCAGCUUGACUGGGCUUGAAGAUGCUUCGCUGUUCAUCCGAGAAGCUUUGUAUUUUUUUUUUUUUGUUCUGCUGAUGUUAUAAGUGAGAACAUUGGACAGGGUGUUUGGGGGGUUUGACGAUUACCCACGGACGACUGUCCAAGAUAUCAGAAAUCCUGACUCAUUCAGCUACAUGUUGACGGGCGAGUCGGUCGGUCACCUUCCACUUGUUUUCUCCUCUAAAGCCCAACCGUUGGACAACGGAUAAGGCAACGCUGAACGUACUUCUCUUUAUAGAGUAGAAAACAUGAAGAGUUGAUUAAACUUUUAGAAAUGAAAUUUCCUAAAAAAAAAAAGUUUUGCUGUUCUUUGUACAAAUGAUGCAUUUUGCACACCCUCCAAUAGCUUUUGACUAAUUUGUGGCUUCUCCAGUGGUUUGAUACUGGAAGCUUUUUUUCUACUUGCCUGUUUCUACAACCAGUUUAGUUGGAUGCAUAAUAGUUGAGCUUACUUUAAGAAUUACGAAUGCUUGCAUGUUUCCUUUAACGACGUCACGGCCUCGGCUCGUGACGUGCCUCCUGAGCGGCCGUACUGUUUCUGAAACUAGUUUGCUGACUCGUGUGUUCAUAAGCAGAGGCCCACAUGUUGACAUGGUGUUUAACCACGGCUGUAAUUCCAUGUCUCGUAUUACAUCUCGACACAAAGAUUCAGACAAUUUUAAACUUUUGUUUUUCUACUGAAUCUGUUAUACGGGCAUUUAUUAUUAAUGGGAUGUGAAACACCUCUGGAUCUUUUUAGCCGAUUAACGGCUAACACCUGGUUUAUGUCUAAAGAAAAAUUUAGAAUUUCAGGACGCAGUUGCUUUGUACACUUUAUAGAAUAUGACCGUGUCGUAUGCAUACGUUGGUAGCUUUUAAAGGAAAGAAAUGAUGGAUGAGAGAACCACAGCGUUCUACUAGUAAAUGCAUGUAAAGAUCAGGCUUCCACACGAUACAGUUUUGGUUUAUAGGGCAACGAUUCGACUGCAUCUGCUAGAAUACGAUUUGUUACAUCGAUUUAAUUUCCUACGAUCGAUACAUAUAUUUAAAACGUAAUCGUUUUGUGAUCAUUGCAUUGAUUUACUUCAACAUUGCCUUAUAAGUCGACAAAUUGUCCACGCUUAUGUGAAGCGGUUUUGUAACUAAAAAAUCCAAAGAAUUGUAUGCUCUAGCUUCAAAAACUCAGAGCGCUGAAACCUUUCUAAACAAGUAAGACCACAUCCUUUGUUUCAGCCUCUUUUCCCCCUCAAAAGCCUCAUAAAAUUGCAAUCAUCUGAUCAGCAGAGUGUUGUAGCGCCAAAGAGACACAGUUUCUCCUUGAAGUAGAUUUUAUUCUUGCUGUCAACUUUGUUCUCUCGAUCUGAGCAUCACUCUUGCUAAGCUAUGCAUGCCUUUGUAUAUAAUUUGUAUAUCAUUUAAGUCCACACGCUUGUUCUAUCUUGACACGAUAUACCUGCUACAGAUUGUUACACAUUACAAGUGCUUUCUCGGUCGAUAUGCUAUGCAUGAUGUAAUAUUAACACUGAAUAAGGCCACUCAGGUUUCUCUGGAAUGUUGAAUAUACCUCAAAUAUAUAUUUAGUGUGAAUAUAUAAUAUAUAGUUAUGAAAACGUUAAAAGAUUUUGUUUAUUGUGUAUAGAGCAUGGACCUUUUGUUUAUACUACCCAAGCUAUGACUUGACACUUCCACAUCCCAAAUAUGCUCAAUGUUCGUUUUUGUGUCCGUCGUCGUUUACGCACCCCGACGUUCCUUCCGAAAGAUAUAGAUAAGAUUGUUCAAAAAUAAUCUACCAAAUAAAUGACAUGCAGAGGCAAAAAAAAAAAAAGCAUAACGAAAACAACUUGGUUUUUCUUUGGCAGUCCCACUUCUCUGUUAAUAUGGAACUUUCCACAGGAAGGAGGUGUGUGAGUUUCAGGAAAUGCAAGAAAUGAGUCAUGACUUAUUUUAACAUUCUCUGGGUGUUCUCUAUUCCAUCAUACAGAAUAUUGCUGUAGAAACACGCUUGAAUUUUUUCAUUUUUUUUUUUAUGAAACAUGCCCUUAUAAGGCAGCAGAAUAAACUUGCGUCUUAAAAAUCCAGCCUAAACUGUUUUCUUAAAGAACAUGAAAUCCUUAAAGGCUUGCUUUAGUCUAACCUUCCUUCACUGACGUUUUCAUCUUUGUCGAAUGUUUCCUACAUUACCCACAAAUCCACCCAUCUUCUAUCUUAAAGUGAAGCCAGUAGGAUUUAGCCUUUGUUUUAUAUCUAUCUACAGAGAAUGAUGCAGCGGCGCUUUAUUCCUUAUGUCUGUCCAGCAUCACAUCAUCUGCUCAAGCAGAGUAAUACCAUAAACCACCAUGAAGGCUAAUGUGCUUGUCAUCACGUCGAUCGCUGAUUAGCUGAGUCGAGUCUAGCAAUAACUGAUACAACUGCAUCGUAUAGAUGCGUUGCAUUCUGAAAUUUUGCAAAAUCUCCACUACUUUAUUAAACUGACCAAACUUCUUAUCCUUAUGCCUGAAAUUGUGCCUGUUUUUUGUAAACCCCUCUCAUUUAAUGGUACAAGUGUGUUUGUUUAGUGCCAGUUUUCAUGUUGCUAUUCCUCACUGGUUUCUUUCCAAACCACAGCAGGGUUUUUAUAUUCAAAUGAUUUAAUCAUUAUUGAGUAACAGAACAUUUUGAUGUACAUUUCUGUCUCAUCAUAUGAUCAGAUGUUUUUAAAAUGACAACUGAGAUUAAAUUCAGAAAAGACAGUGUUGGUGCUUUUAUAAAUCAGUGCACAGUCUUAU